AUCUUGGGGAGUCUAGAGCUUUGUUUUCCCGCACCGCCGGAGGAAGAGCAGGAUCAGCUGAACUAUAGAAGAAAUAAAAAUAUUCCAUGGUUUCUUCUGAAGUUUAUAACCACCAACAACCAGGAUAUUUAACCGAGAGCAGUGUUAAGCUGUUGGAAGAGGUGAAGCACAAGACAUCCAGAAAACUCUUCAGUACAUGCAAAUAUUGUUUUUUACAUUUCACAGACAAAUGAAGGCAAGUCCCGUCAUGGAGAAACAUCACCACCCUGUCAAGAGUUUUACUGCACAGAGUGAUCUCAAAAUUCAGCAGCUCGUUCAUACUGGAGUGAAACCAUAUUAUUGCUCAAAGUGUCAGAAGUGUUUUACUACACAGAGUCAUCUCAAAAAACAUCAGCGCAUUCACACUGGAGAGAAACCUUAUUACUGCUCAGACUGUGGGAAGAGUUUUACUGCACAGAGUGAUCUUAAAAUACACCAGCGCAUUCACACAGGAGAGAAACCGUAUUACUGCUCAGACUGUGGAAAACGUUUUACUACACAGAGUGAUUUUAAAAAACACCAGCGCAUACACACAGGAGAGAAACCGCAUCACUGCUCAGCCUGUGGAAAGAGUUUCUCUACUCUGAGUGAUCUUAAAAUACACCAGCGCAUUCACACAGGAGAGAAACCGUAUCACUGCUCAGACUGUGGGAAAAGUUUUACUACACAGAGUGAUCUCAAAAGACACCAGCGCAUUCACACAGGAGAGAAACCGUAUUACUGCUCAGAGUGUGGAAACAGUUUUAAUCAACAGAGUACUCUCAAACUACACCAGCGCGUUCACACAGGAGAGAAACCGUAUCACUGCUCAGAGUGUGAGAAGUGUUUUACUAAACAGAGUGAGCUCAAAAAACAUCAGCGCAUUCACACAGGAGAGAAACCGUAUUACUGCUCAGAGUGUGACAAGUGUUUUUCUCACCAGAGUACUCUCAAAAUACACCAGCGCAUUCACACUGGUGAGAAACCGUAUUAUUGCUCAAAGUGUAAGAAGUGUUUUACUACACAGGGUGAUCUCAAAAUACACCAACGCAUUCACACUGGAGAGAAACCGUAUUAUUGCACAAAGUGUAAGAAGUGUUUUACAACACAGAGUAAUCUCAAAGUGCACCAGCGCAUUCACACAGGAGUGAAACCGUAUCACUGCUCAGACUGUGAGAAGAGUUUUACUACACAGAGUUAUCUCAGAAUUCACCAGCGUGUUCACACAGGAGAGAAACCGCAUAGCUGCUCAGACAAUAAGAACUUGAUCAUUGGAGUAGGUACCGGGGGGGAUGAAUCAGAAUCAGGUGGAUUCGUUGCCCCCAAAAAUGAUAUUAUACCUGCUCAGCUCAGCUGUACUAUUAAAGAGGAGAUGGACCACUGACCGCUGUGUGAAUGAGAAAUCUUUUAACGCCAAUCAUGAAGCCGUUCAGGGAGAAAGUUCUGCCGGAGAAACAGCCAAUCAGCUUGCUGGUUUUGCGGAGCGUGGAGGAGAGUGGGAUUUUUCACUUCUUUUGAGUUUUGGCAGCGAGCUUGGUUUUAGGGUUUGUUAGAGUUUGUUCUGAAGUAUUGUGGUGUAAUUUAUUAUUGAGAAGGGGUAGAAGAGAUGGUGGAGCUGGAGAGAGAAAAAUGUGUAGAGGACUGAAAUAAACUGAAUUGAUCAGGACUGAACUGAUCAAAAGAAAGAAUAGGUUAAGAGAAGCAAGACUUUGCAGAAACAUACAGGAAAUAUAAGUCAUUUUAAAUCCAUUGUUGAUGUAUUAUGUGCAAAUUUAUGUAUAUGUGUGUAUGUAUGUACAUAUAAAAUAUAAUUGAAUUAAUUUUAUACACUUAUCAAUAUGCUUCUUUUGUCAUAUAUUAAUCAGAAACAUGUAUAGUUUUUCCUAAAUCAGUACUUAUAAAACCACAGUAAAUAAAUGCAUUAGUAUACAUUAGUACACUGGAUGUGACUGAUGUGUCAUUCAUGAAGACCUUUUUUUUUGUGUGUAUCUCUUUAACAUAAUAAUGCAUAAUUCUCUCAAACUUUGUUGUUUUUAAAAACAGCAAAAAUAAAGUUUUUUAAUCGCCA